GGAAAGAACAGUUCUCUGCCAGCGUUGGUGGAAGUAACAUGUCUUCUAUAGGAAGAGGUUAACGCUUUUGAAAAAAGAGGUUUAUUUUUUCAAUAGUAUCUACGAAGUGUCGAACUUUUAUUGUUGUGUUUCUGGACAAAUGUUCAGUUUUUUCGAGAUUUGAGUGUUUUCAAGUGGGAAUAAUGAUUGGCAACGACUAUAGUUUGGAGCUGUGUAAUAUUUUUCACACUGGACAGGUUGAGCCAGGCUCAUGUUUGCAGAGAAUAUUUGGCAGCGUGCAGACUGGCCUGAUUCUGAAAGAUGUUUCUCUCGAAGUGAGAGCGGGAGAGGUCCUCGCAGUUCUUGGAUCGAAAGGAAGUGGUAAACGAGCUCUUCUGGAAGUGAUAUCUAGGAGAAGUCGUGGUCCCACCAGAGGACAAAUCCUCCUCGAUGGAGCACCAAUGACCUUGAGUUUGUACCAGAAGAAUUGCGGCUACGUCAGUCACAGAGUUGACCUUAUUCCGUCACUAAAUGUGGAGCAAACUCUACACUAUGCGGCCAACCUCACUAUUGGAUCACAGGUAUCACGGUACGUGAGAAGCUCUCGAGUUCGUCAAGUGUUGGCAGAUUUGGCUUUGAGUCAAGUGGCUCGGCGAAGUGUGGCAAGUCUCACACUCAGUGAAUACAGGCGCCUUGCCAUUGGUAUACAACUCGUCAAGGAUCCUGUUCUGCUGCUAUUGGACGAGCCGACCGCUAACCUUGACCCUCUGUCGACCUACCUGAUAGUGUCGAUGCUAUCCUCACACGCCAGACGGAGGGGGAGGGCGGUGGUGUUGACCAUGGAGAAGCCGCGAUCCGACGUGUUCCCCUUCCUCGACAGAGCCGCCUACCUCUGUUUGGGGGAUCUCGUCUACGCGGGACCCACUCGCCUCAUGCUCGAGUACUUCAGGGCUAUCGGCUUCCCCUGUCCUGAUCUCGAGAAUCCUCUCAUGUAUUACUUAUGCUUAUCAACAGUGGACCGACGUUCGAGAGAACGCUUCAUCGAGUCCAACACCCAGAUCAUAGCUCUUGUGGAGAAGUUCAAACUGGAAGGAGGUCCCUACAGGAAAUCAUCAGCCGGAGCGGGGGGAGCGGGGCACGUUCUUCUGGGUGCGGGGGAGUCACCCCCUUCCCAUAAAAUGCCCCUCACCACCCUCGGCAAGCCAGGGGCUCUGCAACUUGGUUUCACACUCUAUCAACGCCUGCUAGCAUCCACAUUCAAUCUGUCCUCGAUCGCAGCCCAAAACCUCUUUCUACACCUGGCACUGUUUCCCCUCAUCUGCACAGUCCUCUGGUUCUUCUACCGGGACAUCAAGCACCAGGACGGACCUUUCACGUUCCAAUCACUCAACGGAUUCCUGCUCAACUGCCUCAUCACUUCCAGUGCAUGCGCAGUUGUCAAAACUGCCUGCACAUUCCCCAUACACCGGACCCGAUUUUACCAGGAGGCUCACGAAGGACUAUAUUCUGGCCCAUUAUUUUUGCUUAGUUUUAACCUAUAUUCCUUACCGUUUUCGAUAUUAACUGUAGCUAUCGGGUCAAGGAUAUUGUUUGAAGCUACAGGUCUAACUUCUAGUGUAGACUGGUUCUUAUUUGCGGCGAUACUCUGCUCCUGUUAUCUACUAGCGGAGCAACAAACGAUCGCUCUAUUAAUGGUGAUUAAAGGAUCAUUCAUCGCCGCGAUAACCAGCUUAUACCUGGGCACAAUAUUCAUCAUCCUCAGUAGUGGAGCUUUGAGAUCGUAUGCUAGUCUACCAGAAUGGUUGCUCUACCUAACCUACGCGUCACAAACGCGCUACUCCAGCGCGUUUUUGUCGCGUCAGCUUUUCGGGUCCGUUUACACCGCGUUGCCCGCUAACUGUACAGCGCGAUUUCCCGUCAACGACGCGUUUCUAUGUCGUUACAAGGACAGUACUGCGUACCUGGCUGAACGCUUCGGUCGAGGCAGUUCAGUUUUCAACAUAAAUGACAUGUUAGAUUCCGAUUUCAAUCUCAGUUUAUCGUAUGCUUUUCCAGUCGGUUUUGUUUUGUUGAACUGUAUCCUGUAUCUGAUACCUUUACCCUCGUUUAUAAAAGCUAAGUUUAGGGAUUGAGGGUUUUUUUUGUUGAACUCCAGGUGUAUAGAUAUAUAGAGGUUGUGAUACCAAUUUUAAUUUUGGAGGUAGACUCAAUUUUAUUCCUUCACGAAAUCUUGAUACAAAUUUAUGAAAUUCAUUUAAACAUUUAACAGUUUCCUACAUAGGAGGUAGUAUUUUUUUUAAUCCUCUGGUUACACUCUACUUCAUUGUAGCCUGGAGUUAUAGGAACUAUAACACAUUGUUAAUAGUGUACCAUACAGUUAUAGAUAUAGCCUAAUACAUGCAAUUCAACACAUUUUAUUGUGUUCAAUGCCGUUAGUAAGCGCUUAUUAUAGUGUGCUAAUGCUAAAAAGGAGGUGGAUGAGUAUAGCAUGGUUUUGUAAAUAAUUUUUCUAUUAAUAUUCAUGUUCAAAAAAUCAAGUAUAACGAGUUUUGUUUUUUAUCAAAGAUCAAAAAUUAAACAAUGAAAUUCACAUAGUUAAGAUAUAUGUCUCACUAAUUUUUAUGUCAUAGAGAUGAUAUUAAAAUAUUGUAUCUAUUAUUGAAUCUACAUGUAAUAGUACAUGCAAUGAAUGCUCAAAAAAGGGUAUAGAUGGAAAAGUUUGGUAGACAAUUUUUGAUCCCGCAGUUCUGUUUAGGGUAGUGAGGAGGUAAACAUAUCAAAAGUCCCCACCACCACCCGGUGUGCUAAGGUUGUGGGGGUGGUUCAAAGGUACAAUUUUCUGGUUUCUCGCAUAUAACUCGAAAUUUAUGCAUUUUACAGACAUGAUUAUUCUAUAAAAAAUUAAAGCUUACAUAAUCUCCUACAAUAUUGAUCUGACAAAUUUUUCUAUAUCUCCUUCACUUUUCGAGAUAUCCGCUCUAAAAGAUGUGACAUUUUUGAAAAAAACACAUUCCCCUUCAAUUUUUUGCUAUUUUUAACUUUUCUAAUAUCAAUGGGAAAAAUUCAUGCUGAUCAUGAGCUUAUAGAGCAUAGAAUUCUCUUCAAUUUUAGGUAGAAUUUCACAAGUUUACGCACAUUCACACGACUGUUGCAGCAGCUUCAGUGUUGAGUUUGAGAUCUUCAGUUAUGCAAAAAUUUACCAAUUGACAAAGGAAUUUGGAGAUAAUGUUUUGAACACAAUUUUUGAAUUUUCACAAUUUUGUGCUAAGAGGGUUAGCACAGGGGCUAGGGGUGGGGACUUUUGAUAUGUUUACCUCCUCACUACCCUAAACAGAACUGCGGGGUCAAAAUUGUUUUCCAAACUUUUCCCUCUAUAACACUUCAUUGACUGGGCUAUAAGACUAACCAUAGAUACGAUUCUUGUAUGUGGUCUCACCUGUGAUGAGAGAAUUUAAUAGCAUAUAGUGAAGAUUGAAGAUAUUCAUACAUUUUUUUAAUCAUUGAGUGCUAUAUUCUAUGCUUUUAUUAUAUUGUACAGUAUUUAGACAUCAAAUCAUUAAUGAGCAUACAGACUUAUGUCCCACAAACACGCGCAUUCCACUUUUCAUCAGCUGAUGCUAUAUCUAUCUCUCACUUUUCUGUACAAAUCUAUAUAAAUAAAAAUCGAGCCUCAAAUUGUGA